CUGUUUCUGUGUGUCUGUGUUACUGACAUACGGUGAGAUGAGUGGUUUUCUCCUGCUGGUCGGUCUGCUGUCGGUUAGUGGAUUAUUUCCUGUUUCAGCAGAGAACUGUGAAGUGUGCGUUGGUUUCCUCCACAGACUCUACUCCUCUCUCACCUCCUCACACAGAGAUCUGACUCCUCAGCUGGUUGAAGAUCAGCUGAUCUGGACCUGCUCACAGAGCCUCGGCAAGGACGCACGUCUGUGUUACUACCUCGGAGCGAGCAGCGAUGCAGCGUCCCGGGUCAUGGCGUCCGUGUCUCGUCCUCUCUCCUCUCACGUCCCUGUUGAGAAAAUCUGCCAACGCCUGAACAGCAGAGACUCCCAGAUCUGCCAGCUGACCUACGAUCGUGUAGUGAGCGACGUGAGCAGCGACGCGCUGAUGAAGCUCAGAGUUUCUGAGUUGAAGAAGAUUUUGUCGACGUGGGGAGAGGAAUGUUUCGGCUGUUUGGAGAAACAUGAGUUUGUGAGUCUGAUCCAGGAGAAAGCUGCUGCACACACGGACCACGCUGACCUCUGAACUCGUACAACGGUGAUCUUGUUUGAAAAAUGAAACCAGUGAUGAAGUGUAAAAGCUGCAGUUCAUCCACUAGAGGCUUUGUGGACAAUCCACUCCUGUGUCAAAUGCCUAUUUUUACAGCAGAGAUAGACAUGUUUAUAGUUAUGGUUUACAGCAGUAAUAAACAUGAUUACAGACUGGUUCAAAAAACAUUAGUUCACGUCAUACUAGUGAUUGGUUGUCUUGCUUAUUUUAGUGAGACAAUGUCAAGUCACAACUACACAAGUUAAGACCGCAUGACAUCAAAGCAUGACAUCAUCUUUAAAUGAACAAAUGGAAUGUUUUUAGACUUUAAAUGGAUGACAUCUUCAAUGGCAGACAACAGAAUGUUGGUGAAGCUGGGGUUGUUGGGGGGCUUUUCCCCUCCAUUCAUUCAAAUAGUAGGCCAUAGUUGGCAACUUUUCAAAACUUUUCCAAAAGUUGCCAACAAAAGACAGUCAGCAUAAGGGAAAUAUUAUGGCUAUGUUUUCUCAUAAUGAUAAAGAGAUGAAGUAUGCUGAUUUUUUAUGACUUGUCUCGUCUGGGUGUGGCUGAUAAGACAAGGCAGUGUGUUGUUACUGUUUGUCCCAGGAGGAUUAAGCUCUGCCAGUCUGUUUCAAGGUUGAUCUUAAGUUUGUUUGAGACUGUUUUUCAACCUGGCAGCUGUGGAUUGGACUCAAAGAUAUCUUCAGUAACCCAACAACUGAUCAGACUGAUCAAUACUUUCUACUUUAAAUGACAAUCACUAAAGUGACCUCUGGACUCAUUAUUCACUCAAUGGUUACCGCUGGACUAUGAAACUUAAGACCUUUAACCUGCUGAUAAAUACUCUCCCAUAUUCUACAUGAGUUUCAGCUCUCCGUUGUAAUAACAUUAAUAGUUAAAUGGUUUUAUUUAUCAAAGAUUCACUGAUCAACCACCUCUCUGAACAGGAUGUCGGUCUUCCUAUGGACGUAUUUACAGGUGAACCACAAAUGUAUUGAUUUUGACUAUGACUUUAGUACUAAAAUCCCAAAGAGGCUGCACAGUGGAGCAGUGGUCAGCUCUGUCUCCUCAGUCAGAAGGUUCCUGGUUUGAUUCCUGGUUCUUAAGUCCGUCUGUGUGGAUGUUUUCCCUUUUACCUGAGUGGGCUCUCUCUGGGUUCCUGCCACAGUCACAAACAUGCUCGUUAAGCUAAUCAGUGGCUCUAAAUUGCCCAUAGGCGUGACCCUGUUUGCCUCAGUAAGUCAGCUCUGUGAUUGGCUGAUGACUACAGCAAAGAUGUCAGCGUGUUAAACGUGUUAACAUGACAAGCUGUGAUAAAUAAUAAACACAGAUAAUCAAAAA